AUGUCCCUUGUUUUCCGAAACGUGCUGGUCCUAUCAGUGCCCCAUCAUCUCGCGGCUGUGGUGUCCAAAAACCGAGCAAGGGAUGGGCGCAAAGUCUUCACAAAGAGCCCAGAACUUUUUGUGGAGCAGAAAUUCCAGCCGGCUGUUUGUGUGCUGGAUGGCGAGUCACACAGGGCUCUUCAGCCAGCCAAAUCGAAGACCUCUUUCGGCUCCAAAGGGAGCAAAACUGCACUCCGGAUCGUGUUGGACUGCCGCACCUAUCAGCCGCAGAGAGCACUCACCAUUGUGCUGCUGGAAAGCCAAAGCCAUUUCUCAACUUGCCGAUGGCUUUUUCUCCCUCCAGUUCUCUUGGCCCAGAGGGUGAAGGUCCUCCAUGAGGUCACCGGCUACAUGGGCAAGGAGGUGGUCCUCCCCUGCAACUUUGCCACGACCACCCCGGACAUCAAGGUCAGCCAGGUCACCUGGGUGAAGGAGGCCGGCGGCAGGAAGCAGAAUGUGGCCGUCUACCACCCCGAACACGGCCCCAGUUACCCGAUGAAGGGGAACCAGUCACGGAUCCAGUUCCGCACGCCGUCUCUGGAGGAUGCCACGCUGAUCAUCAAGCCUGUGCUGCUGAUGGACGAAGGGACCUACACCUGUGAGUUUGCCACCUACCCCUUGGGCAACGAGGAUGGCGUCACCAGCCUGACAAUACUGGCCAGCCCCACCAAUACUGCCGAGGCCAAGGAGGUGAAGAUAGGCAACACGGAGCAGCCGGUGGCGGUCUGCACUUCCGCCCACGGGAAGCCGCCCGCCCGCAUCACGUGGCAGUCAGCACUGAAUGGCAACGCCAGCCUCUCUCAGGUGACGAAUGCGGAUGGUACCGUCACUGUCGCCAGCCAGUACAGCCUGGUGCCCACCAAGGAGGCUGAUGGGCAGCGCAUCACCUGCAUCGUUCAGCAUGAGACCCUGACGCAGCCGGAGUCCAUCCCAGUCACGCUGUCCAUCUUGUAUCCUCCAGUCGUCAGCAUAGAAGGCUAUGAUAACAACUGGUAUUUGAGCCGCAGCGAAGCCACCCUGACGUGCAGCGCCAGAGGGAACCCCGCACCGAGUCAGUUCCUUUGGAGCACGCCUUCUGGACCACUUCCUAGCUCCGUGGAAGUCCAGGGCGAUCGGCUCGUGGUGCGUAACGUGGACGCCUCUGUGAACACCACGUUCAUCUGCCAGGCCACCAAUCGGGUGGGUCAGGUCUCAGCAGAACAGGCCGUCUUUGUCCGAGAUAAGCCCAACCUGGAAGGGGCCGGCACCACAGGAGGGAUCAUCGGGGGCCUCAUUGCGGCCAUCGUGGCCGUGGCCGUGGUGGUCACUGGCAUCCUCAUCUGCCACCAACAACAGAAGAACCGAAUGGAUCGCGAAGAGGAUGACUUAGAAGGACCUCCUGCCUACAAGCCGCCUCCUCCCUGCCAGCUCUCUGGGGAAACCGAACCGGUGCCUAAGCCCACCGUGGCUGAGAGUCUCCCGCUCAAAGCUCCUUACUUGCAACCCAACGUCUCUGAGAAUCCCUUUGGAGGGGCCGUUAACCCCAGAAUGGAGGAGGCCCCUCGAUACCACGAGUUGCCGACGCUGGAGGAGCGCGAGGGCACCGCCGAAGCUGGCCCCAGCCUGGAGGACGAGUAUUUGGAUCAGAUCAACCCCAUUUACGAUGGCCUUGCCUUCCCUGCUGAAGAGGAGGAAGUCGCCCUGACUCCCCUUCCCACCGAUAAGGCCUUUGUGAUGUCCAGGGCCAUGUACGUUUGACCUCAAAGGCUGAGUUGCUGGUGGUCGUCCAGAGGGAAGGAAGCUGCCCGGGGACCCAUCUUGCGUUUCUCCGAGAGAGAGGCCGUUUCUCUGUUGCUGCAUCCCAGUUGGGCCUCCAACCUGGUGUUCUCUUUGGCUCCUGGCUUCCACAUGUGCCUUCUUAGAUGGACAGGAGAAUACACUUCUCAAAGCAAGCCUUCUAACAUCUUCCCUUCCUUCACAAGCCAGGCCAGAACUGGGGGCUUUCCCCUUAUAUCACUACCGCAUGCCAAACAUGCUGAGUGCCUUCUUCGAUUUUUCAUGCUGGAUCAUCUGAAAUGGGACAGCUGGUGGCAGCUUCUGUCUCCAGCCUCUCUUUAAUCUGAAAGAGACCGUCCUGCUGACCCUUUCCUGCUUCUGAGCCCAACAUACCUGGACAUUUAGGGAAAGAGGCUGAAGGCUGUUACCGAGGCUGUUUACAAUGACGGGCCAGACCUCAAAGCUCACUCUAGGGCAGAAAUGCAAGGCAACAAGUGUCCCUCAUAGCUUAUCCCACACACACCCCUUCCUAUGUCUAGUCACCAACCCCCAUAUGGUACAAAUCUCGAAGAAAGGAUAAGUUAGAGCCCUUGUUUUUUAAAUCUAGUUUUCCACAUACGGAAAGGUUUUUAACUGAUCCUUUUUUUAAAUGUGGGGGAAAGAUUUAAUUAUGCAAUUACACCUGUAUUCUGAAAUGGUGCAAUCCAGGAACAGUUUUACUGCCAAAUGACAGGUUUUGCUCAUUUGGGUGAAACAGUUCAAAGCAAUAUGGGCAACCCAGUGUCCUCCAUAUGCUUUCGAUUACAAGGGCUGCAGUCCCUAACCAUUGAUCAUGCCGGCUGGAACACAGAGGGUUUGUGGUAAAAAAAAAUAUAUGGCAGUCACCAGCUCACCUAUCUUUGGUUAGGGGCAGGAAAAAAUGUCUACCUGAAGUGGAGCAACGAAUGGCACCCCAUCCCAGGCCAUGGCACAUUGCCCAUGAAGCUGGAAGUAAAGCCAAUAAAAUAAAUAGCUAUUGCUUGCCUUUUUAUGGCACACAAAAGCUGCUGCAGCCCUCUCCAUUUAUCUAAUGGUUGAGCCGGUCCUGCUCCUGGAUUAGAAUAGCACUCCAUGUGGAAAAUGUUUAGACUCCCGCAGGGAAUGCCAACCAGCAACUUUCAGGCCACUAUACUGUGUCAACCGUCCAUGUGGUUAGGUGUUAAAAAAUGUGUGUCCAAUGAAAACGUAGCUGUUUUAUUUAUAUUUCAGAAACAGGAGAAGUAAUCAGAGUUGCCUUUUAAAGUUAUAACUCCAAUAAUAACCAAGGGAGGCCUUGGAACAACAUGUAUAACUAAUUAUUUUUUUAAAAAAUAGCUCUCCAAGCCUUAGCUAGAAGCAGAGAUGUUGACAAGUCUUUGAGUCCCAAGUCCGGGACUUGGGUAUCAAGUCCCGAGUCAAGAGUCCCUGUUAAAGCUAGGCAUUUUUCCCCAGAAAAAAAAGGGAGGGAGAGUGGGUUCUGAGUUGGGAGCUGAGUCCUUGAAAAAUAACCCUGAAUCGAGUCCCCAGUGCAACUUAAGUCCGAUUUGACAGCAAAUCCCAUGAAUUGAGUCCCCAUUUCUGGCUUGGAGUGGCAUCAUUGUACUCUACCAGUCCUUGGGAGCUCAUGUUCUCUGCAGUCAUGUUGAGCUUCCAGGCAUUGGGAUAUCUCUGCUGCCCUUGAAGACCAGCUUCUUUUCCACAAAUAUCAUGCCUGCACUCACCCACAGGAGCUGUCUGCUUUGUCAUGAACGAGCUUCCUCAUGCAGCAUCUCCUGAGUCAGAACUAUCUUUACUUACCAUAUUUUUUGCUCCAUAAGACGCACCUUUCCAUAAGACGCACCAAUUUUUUAGGAGAAGA